GCGUCACCGCCCUGUCCGACCCGGGGCCGCACGGUCGGGAGAGCCGCGGCCGUGGUGGCAGAGACCUUACGGACACCCAGGGUGAAAGGCCGCGAUUGAGAGGGAAAAAAAAGUGACCGCCUUAUGUUAUGUAAAAGGCCCAGCGAACAAUUAAUGUUUAAAAGAAGUUGAGAUAUUUGCACGUUACUACGUUAGGGAAAAUGUCCUGAGGAUGGAUGGGAUGAAAGCACCGUUGAAUUGUUUCUUCAUGAACUUGCUAUAAUGGAUAGCAAUAACUUCCUGGGCAACUGUGGUGUGGGUGAGAGGGAAGGAAGAGUGGCGUCAGGACUCGUUGCCCGAAGGCAUUACAGAUUGAUCCAUGGAAUUGGAAGGUCAGGUGAUAUUUCCGCAGUCCAACCUAAAGCUGCAGGGUCGAGCCUUUUGAACAAACUUACUAAUUCAGUAGUUCUGGAUAUUAUAAAGCUGGCUGGUGUCCGGACAGUGGCCAGUUGCUUUGUGGUUCCCAUGGCAACUGGCAUGAGUUUGACUCUGUGUUUUUUAACAUUGCGGCACAAGAGACCAAAGGCGAAAUACAUUAUCUGGCCACGUAUAGACCAGAAAUCUUGCUUUAAAUCAAUGAUAACUGCAGGUUUUGAGCCUGUGGUGAUAGAAAAUGCAUUAGAAGGCGAUGAGCUACGGACAGACCUUGAAGCAGUGGAGGCCAAAAUCAAGGCUCUUGGUGCUGAAAAUAUUCUUUGUGUGCAUUCCACAACAUCUUGCUUUGCUCCAAGGGUACCUGAUAGGCUGGAGGAACUGGCAGUGAUUUGUGCCAAUUAUGGCAUUCCCCAUAUUGUCAACAAUGCAUAUGGAGUUCAGUCGUCAAAAUGUAUGCAUCUUAUCCAGCAGGGUGCUCGAGUGGGCAGAAUAGAUGCUUUUGUUCAGAGCUUGGACAAAAAUUUUAUGGUUCCAGUAGGUGGUGCUAUCAUUGCUGGCUUCAACGAGUCCUUCAUUCAGGAGAUCAGCAAAAUGUAUCCAGGAAGAGCAUCUGCGUCUCCUUCCUUAGAUGUCCUCAUUACACUUCUGUCUCUGGGUACCAGUGGCUACAAAAAGUUACUGAAAGAGAGAAAGGAGAUGUUUUCCUAUCUUUCAAGUGAGCUGAAGAAGCUGGCAGAUAACCACAAUGAGAGACUGUUAGACACACCACAUAAUCCCAUUUCCUUAGCCAUGUCACUGAAGAAUCUAGAUGAAACUAAUGAUGCUGCUGUUACCCAGCUUGGAUCUAUGCUCUUCACAAGACAAGUUUCUGGAGCAAGGGUUGUUCCAUGUGGGUCUGUACAAACUGUGAAUAACUACACUUUUAAAGGCUUUAUGUCACAUGCAAAUGACUACCCCUGUGCUUACCUCAAUGCUGCCUCAGCAAUUGGAAUUAAAAAGCAAGAUGUAGAUGUAUUCCUAAAAAGACUCGACAAGUGUUUGAAGACUUUUAGAAAAGAAGCAAAUCAAGAAAAAAGUAUAAAUGAAAUAAGUGAUUCUAAUGCAGCCACAGAACAGCUUGAAAACUAGAAGAUACAGAUUUAGUAACACAGGAAGAUAUGGUUUUUUGUCUGAAUUAUGUCAGGUUUCUAUUGGGUUAGAAUUGUGCAUCUGCAGUGCAGAAAUCUAUUCUUGAUCUGAAAAUAACAAUAAAAAGUUGGGUGAAAUUCAACUUUAAGAAAGUAGGUGAUACUCUUCCCGAGACAGAGGGCCAGUCACAAUUUUUUGCGGCAUACAAAAUGCACUUAAUACCUGCCAAAGUAAAGCUUUAUGUUCAUGAAGCCUUUGAUUUUGCCUUUCAGUCUGUGUGUGGCUAUUUGGACCAGUGUUUACCAAAUCACCGAAUGUUUGUUCACAUGUUUUUGUUUAACAAGAUUGUCUGUGGCAGUGAUUGAAUUCCUUCCUAGGUAUAGACUAUCCAAACAACAAAUUUCACUGCUCUAAAAAUAUCUUGUUUUUCAUCAGCAUAUGUGUCACUUUUAAUUUCUUUUCAAAGAUUUGUGCAAAUGUUGGGAUAGCCCUUACUAAAUACGAUGUUCUAACUGCAUGGGGAAAUGACAGAGUUGGAAUAGUACUAUUUUUCAGGUGUUCUCACCUGUCAUGAACUGCCUAGAACAAAUCAGCCUCCAGUGGCAAAGAAGAACCUAGAAUACCUCCUAUCUUGUCAGUACUCAGCUCUUGAAAACGUUUGCACUGCUCAGCAGCCCAUAGAAGCUUUAAAGUCAGGGCUUGUAGAGAGGUACAGUCAUUGGGGGCUUUUGGCUUUGGUUUUUUAUUUUUGUUCUUCCCAUUUCCUUUGAUAGGGUGAUCAGAUCAGAGACUCACUGAAAAGGAGGAAUGCCAUGUGGGAUUAAUGCAGCAAUUUCAAGAGCCUAGUGAGCCCUAAGAAUAUUUUGGCAUUUUUAGUCUACUGUUGUUGAAAUUUAUAGACUUCCAUUUCUGUAGUGUCUCUUGCCAUUGGCACUGUUGCUUCUGUGGCUCUGUGCAGUUGCUGAUUUGAAUUCAUUAAGCAAACAAUAGAUUCAGAGUCUGUUCCUGAAACAAAGGUUCCGUAUCACUGGAGUGACAGUGCUGUAGGUUGCAAAACUUGUAGUUAUUCUUGAAUGCAGUUACUACAUUGUAUAUAGCUUCUAUGUCAUUUGCUGUUCAAGGUGAGCAUAACGUUCAAAGACAUUUUCUUUGUCUGUCUGUAAUGUAAUAAUGCUCAGGAUAUCACAAUUAAUGAGUUCUAAAUGUCAGGAAAUGUUUUAGUUACUUUGUUUAGUGGGAACUGAGACAUAUAUCCUUCAGAGCCCUUUGUAAAUCAGUUAAUCAAAAUAGCGGUGCUUUUGAAUGUAUUGUCUUUCCAAUGUGGUCAAAUGAAUUGAUAAAAGAGGUGGUGCUAAUAUGUGGGAGUUAAUAAUAUGCUAAUCAUCAUGAAAGUGCUCUCACUUAAUGAGGUCCAUUGUAUCUUAAGCUUAAAUUGAACUGGUCCUUCUACAUUGUUAUUGCUAGCGUUACACAUUAGAUUGAUUAAAUCUUGUGCAGCUCCCCA